GCCCGUAUGACUCUCACUCUCUGUCCCAAGUAGUUUUUUCAUGAAUACAACACCGUGUGUACCUACUUGCCAAUCUAUUACUACAUUAACUAUCCACAACUAACCCCCAACUACACCAACUCAUAUACUACUCCCUCCACCAUUUCAUGUCUUCCAACCCACGUCCAUGUAGUACCUCCCACACAACCACCACCAUGCAAUGGCUAGCAAAGUUAACACUAAUAUGUCUCCUCACCACCACCAACUUCACCCGUCUGGCAGCCGGAGCACCCAUUCCUCUACCAUCAUCAUCUACUACUAUCUCAACAGCAACAGCAGCCAACGCCCACAUUAUGAAGAACACCAACAACGACAACCCCAAUAACAAUGACCACAUCCACUCCCUCCUCAAAUUCCAGUGGCUCGCUUCCCUCCUGAGAAAGCUCUCGACCCUCACCCUCCGCGACUACUUUAUCAACCUAAGCGUCCUCAUCUGCAUUAUUGGCCUCUUCGCCCUGGCAUACCGAAUCGGCAGCAACACGAUGCGCUGCCAGCGAUGCCGAGUAGACCGGGCCGCUCAGCGCGAGGAGAGGAAAGCUCGGCGGGCGUAUAAGGCCGCUGCGAGGAGACACCGAUGGAAGCAGUGGUGGGAGGGGAAGACUUCGUAUUCUGCUUACUAUUGUCAGGAUCAGGGGGUUGUUGGUGUUGAUGAUGGGGCGGUUGUAAUGGCGUCUGUUGGUGUGCGGGAGAGGGAUGUGGAGAUGGGGAGGCUGUCUGAUGAUGAUGAGGGUAGUGCAGAGUUGAGGGUGUUUGGUGGAUCGGGUGGGAUUGCGAAUGCUACUGCUUCUGCUACUAUGCAUGCAGAGAUUCAGGGCUUCAGGCAGGCGUUGGAGUAUGUGGGGGAGUUGGUGAGGGAGAGCGCCCCGUCGCGGGCUAAGGUGGUAGUGGAUCAGGAAGGAGGUGGUUAUAGUGUGGAUGUGGAUGUAAAGGGUGGAAGUGGGGAGGGAUCGGAUACGGAGGCAUCGUCGACGGUCGGGUUGGCGACGGUUACCUUGUCGACGGAGACGAGUAGCUUGAAGAGUGUGGAUUGUAAGUCCUUGUCAGGGACAAUAGAUACCCUGGAUAGUAUGGGGUCGCCGCCGCCCAGCUAUCAUUCGUGAGGGACAAUGGCUUCAAGUGUAAUACUAUUUGUGGAGGUAUGUAUGGGAGUUCAGGAUAUGAUUAUGGCUCAUGGCAAAAGGAUGGUUUUGGUAUUUCAUAAUGUUUAAUAUUACAAUGAAAUGGUGGGUGAACGGCAAGCAUAAAGAAACGUUAAAA